AUUACUGUUCCUAUUCCGUAAUCGACUUUUAUUUUACUAUCGCCGUAAAAGUGGGAGAUUUAAAAAUAGACAGAACUUUGUUUACUUAUUUAAUACUAUGUCAUGUACUCCAUGUAGUGUUGAGAUAAUUGAUUUCAAGAGACCAGAAGGCAACAGAAAGAAUCUAUAUGUUAACAGCAUACCUGGCAGUUCAGCAGAAGAUGUUCAGGAAUAUCUGUACUCAGUGUUUUCUUUAUAUGGAUUGAUACAUGGAAUACAAAUAUAUCCUUAUUCUACAUCCAACCAGUCUGAACAAGUAGCUGGAUACUAUGCCUUUGUGACGUAUUAUUCUGUAAUAGCAGCACAUUCUGCCAAGGAAAGUUUAUCUAACAAGAUAACGAUUGCAGGCACAGAAUGCAAGAUAGCUUAUGCCAAAAGGAAGAAAGAUACACAAACUAUAUCUACACUGCAGUUUGCUAAGUGUCAAGAGUUGGCAAAUUACUACUUAGGCUUCAAUGGCUGGUCCACGACUAUUAAACUGUUAACUGAAGACAACGAGGAAGACAGUAGCGGUAGUGAUCUUCGUAAAGUUCGAUAUGUUUGUGUGACAAGAAUUGACAUCACUGGUCACCAACUUAAUUCUGAAGGCAUGGGAGCAUGGGAAGAAACAUAUAUAGUACAAGACCCUACAAGCAAAGCCAAGGCUAUUUGUAAAAGUAAGAAGCUAGCAUAUCAGAGAUCCCUAGAAAAUGCUUUUUCGAAAGUAAUUCUGAUUGUAUUGCCUAACGGUAAAGUUACAGUGGAAGUUGAUACCACUCAAGCAGAUCCUGUUAUUCUAACAGAAAAACAGUUGGAUGACACCAAUCUUUUAAAGGUAAAUGAACUAGACCAACUCCCAGAUGAAGAAAGUGAUGAUUUAAAGGAAGAAGUUGAUGAAGACGCUGAUGCAAUAAACCUUCAUAUAUUACAUGAAUUAGAGGAAAUGUAGCGAAUGGUUAAAAUCACAUUUGAGACAUAAAUGAUACCAGAGAAUUGAAGUUCAACGUCGGUUCAGAGAAUGGAAGUUCAGUUUUCAUGACAUAGAAGUUCCGUGUUCCAGAGAAUCUAAAUAGAGUUUACAAUGGCGAAAUGAGUUGAUAGAAGACAGUUUUAUGGCCAUUAAAAUAUGUUGUGACUUAUUGGUUUAUUUUUAGGAUUAUAUAUGUUUCAUAGAAAAUUAACUUAAGCUCUAUUCAUGGGCGAGUCAAUUUAUAAUGUUUAAAACAAUAAAGUGUGUAUUUGUGUUAAUGUUAUGCAAAUUGUUUAAAUAGCCAUAUUUUUUUCACCAUAGUUAACAUGAUCCGCACUUUGAACAAACAAUCGAUAUUCAAAUGGGUACUAAUUCUGCAUCUCUAUUUACAUACAUGUGUUGUACUGAAAUGUAGAAGAAGUCAUAAAGAUACUUUUUAUGAUAAAAAUUAAAAAUAUUCCCAUGUGCCUUUUCUGCAUUUAUAGAUACAUUGAUAAAUUGAUUAAUCUCUGAACACUCAAUAACUAGUAUUUCCAAGAGUUCUUGAUUUUGCCUUAUCCCUUAUACUUUUUGCUUGUACAUGUUAAUAUUAUACGGAAUUCAUUACCAGGGAUGUUCCCUUGACACGAAAUUGCUACAAAAACAUCUCCAAACUUCUAAAGUUUUUCUACCAACAACUAAAUUUGAUGGAAACGAUACAAUGUGUCUGUUUCUUAACAAACUAUAGACCCGUUUUUUACAGAACAAUGUCAACUCUGUUUAUCCUUUUUGGAUUGUGUAAACCUUUCCGUAACUUGAAGUUGCAUGGUGUUUUCUUGUUUUCAUUAAGACCUGAAUGAAGAAUGUUUACUGAUUGUGUCAAUUAUUUAUGAUGUUAAAUAAAAAGUCAUUUGUAA